AUGGGUAGCGAGGCCGCUUUAGCAGAAAAAUUUCAAAUAUCCUUUACUGAACCAUGGAAAGACCUAAUUACAACAAGUAUUCCCCAACUAGAUGAAGUUGAGUCACUUCUCAAAAACUAUCCUCCCCCUCUACCUAGUAUUGGCCAGAUUAAGAGCGUCCUAAAUCACCUUAACCAUUCGAAAGCAACGGGAGCCGAUGGUGUUCCAGCAUGGUUACUUAAACGAUUCUCUAGCGUUCUAGCGCCGAUUGUUCAUAACAUCAUUACGGCUAGCAUUAAACAGUGUAACUAUCCAAGUCAUUACAAACAUGGCCUGGUCACACCUAUGCCUAAAGCAUACCCACCAACUGACGUUAGUAACGAUUUUAGACAAAUCUCUGUUUUGCCACAUAUUGGGAAAAUCCUAGAGAGAGUACAACUACAACUCCAUCAAAAUGACAUCAUACUACGUCCCAGUCAACAUGGUUUUACUAGUGGCCGCUCUACUACAUCGGCUCUGAUGUCCAUCACACAAACAGGUGGGCAAUUUGUCUGAGCAUGCGCGAAGAAAGUCAAUAUGGCGACAUAUAUUUAGGAGUGUUUCGACAGUUUCGUGGCUUUAUCUGGUUUUAAAGCUGAUAAAACAACAUUUUAAUGAACGAAAACUUUGUACUAUUUAGUGGAAAACAUUAAGCUGUACAGUCCAAAGAUUUAAAAUUAAAAAUAAGUACUUUUGCUUUAUUUUAUUGCUUUUUAUGCUUUGAAAACAAGCAAGCUCGUUUUUUAGAAAAAUUCUAAUCUACUAUUUUACCCAUCAGUUGUCUAAUCUAAAUUUAUCAUCUAAUGCCAUGAAUAAAUCUUAGAUACUACAGGCAUAUAGUGAGCACAACACUUUAACAAACUCACUAAAAUAAGUUAAGUUAUGCUAUGAUAAGAGGAUGGCAAUAUAUGACAACAUCAAAUGUCACCAUAUUCAGUGUCCAAAAAAAGUGCCGCGCGCAUUUUUCGUGGUCGCAUAACUGGUAUUGCCACAAACCCAGGUAAAAAAGCAAUUAGAAAGACCUGGUUUUGGAUGAUGAGCAUAGUCAAAUUCUUGACUUAUUCAACUUUCUAAGUUUUUCCAGGUAAACAGAUUCACCAUUGAAAUAAGCCCCAUUCGGGACCUCAUAGAAUCCAAAAUAUUUUGUAUGGACCAGAUUUUUUUCAAUUUUCUGUGAUUUACAUGACACUAGUUAUAAUUUAGGGGUCAACCAGUAUUGUUCAAGACAUAUUUUCCUUCCAGAACACCUUUUCAAAAUACUAACCCAAACAUUUCAAAAAUAGUGUAUAUUUACAAGGGUAAUUUCAACCAUUUGGCACAUUUUUCCCAUUAAUGAUUUUAAUUCUAAUAAAAAGACUAUAGAUAAAACUUUGAAUUAAAGCCAGUUUCAAGUGAUGAGCAUACCCUAAUUUUUAAGCUAUACCUCAAAGAAGAUAGGUCAUUUCAACAUAAACAUUGAGAUAUGGGUAUACUAACAGCUCUGUCACACUUGUAGUUUGGCAUUAACAGCCCUUCUGAAACAUUUUAAUGAAAAUAUAAUUCACAAAAUUCACAUUUUCACUUACUUCUUAACAUCUGUUUUAAUCCAACUAGCUCUGUAGGCACGAGCAAAAUUUAGCAUUGAUGUAAAUAUCCAUUUAGUUCAUGUUUCCCCGGUGAAAAUAUAGUCUAUUCCAAAGCUGGAUUUUGACGUACUUUAGCUUUUCAGAAACCGUUGACCUUCCUCAGUAAGAUUAUCAACUGUUUCACAAACAUAUUUGAUAGUAAACAGCUAAAAUAUUCUCUGAAAGUCUAUAUUUUUCACUCCUCGACGCGAAAAUGGCAACUCGAGAAGAAAUGAGCCGCUAUUUUUGGUCAGCGUCGACAAAUUGCCCACCUGUUCAUCACACAGCCAUGGUUUAAUGCUACUGACAAUACCUGCCGUGACAAAGCAGGCAUGCAUGCCCUCUUUAUCGACUUUAUAAAAGCCUUUGAUCUAGUUGAUCAUGCGGGGAUCCUGUUGAAUAAACUUGCAUUGAUGAAUGUUAAUAAAAGCUUCUGGUCGUGGGUCAAAAGCUUCUUAUCUGGUAGAACUCAGCAGGUCAAGAUAAAUCAAACACUUUCAUCGAUCGAGGGUUUCCCAGCUGGAGUACCGCAAGGAUCUGCUCUUUCGCCGACUUUAUUUAAUAUCCACAUUGACGUCUUAGAUACGAGUGUUCCUGACGAUAUUUAG